GGGUUCCUGCCUCAACAUGGCAGCAUGCCAUGUGAGACUGUGGCUAGGGGACACCAGGGCUCCCGGGAGCCCAGCAGUGCAGCAGGACAGGACUGGGCGAUGUGUAAGAGGCAGUCCCUAAGAGGGAAGCUGGGAAAGCAGACCAGUCUGGCCCACAGCUUCUGUCCUUCCGAACUCCUGGUCCGGUGCUCGGGGACACGGGCAAGGCAAGCUUGCUGUUCCCCAUAAGGGACCCCACAGUGUCCUGGGGAGCCCUGGUGGGGAUGGAGGAAGCUGAAACACCUGACUGAAAGCCUUGUACUGGCUGAAGCUUGGGGUGACCCUGCCAAGCCAGCCCACCAUGGCCGGCCUGCACGGGGCCGUUACAUCUCCAGAUUAGGGUGUGAGGAAUCUUAGCUCCAAGACAUAGGUUAACCCACCAGGGCCAGCUGGACGGAAGCCAAAUGAGCCUGGACCCGAGGCUGGGACCAGCCUUCCUGUUUCUGGGUUGGAUGCCAACCCCCUGCCCACCAGCCUGCCUGUCCACGUCAAGGACACACAGACUCCUUCCCUUUCCAGACUGGAAAGCCCCCUCUUGGGGUAGCAGGAAGAAAGGAAGUGACCUGCAGCUCUUCCUAGUCCAUCCAGGACCUCGGGUUGAGCCUACAGCUCAAGGGUGCAACCUUACCCGGAGGCUGCGGGCCUGGGGGGGCCUGGCUGGAGGUGUAACACUCUUGGUCCUGUGGCUCCGUUGGCUGCUGGAAUCCGCUCCUGUGGAUGCCCCGAUGCCUCAGCCCACAGUCACAAUCCUCAUCUGGCACUGGCCUUUCACCAACCGGUCCCCAGAGCUGCCUGGCGACACCUGUAGUCCCUAUGGCAUGGCUAGCUGCCGCCUGAGUGCUAACCGGAGCCUGCUAGCCAGUGCAGAUGCUGUAGUUUUCCACCACCGUGAGCUGCAGACCUUGCAGUCUCGCCUGCCCCUGGACCAGAGGCCGCGGGGACAGCCUUGGGUCUGGGCCUCCAUGGAAUCGCCCAGCAACACCCAUGGUCUCCAUCACUUCCGAGGCAUCUUCAACUGGGUGCUGAGCUAUCGGCGUGAUUCAGAUAUCUUUGUACCCUAUGGUCGAUUGGAGCCCUACUCCGGGCCUACGCCCCCACUACCGGCCAAAAGCAAGAUGGCUGCCUGGGUGGUCAGCAAUUUCCAGCAGAGGCAGCAGCGCGCAAGGCUGUACCGGCAGCUGGCCCGGUACCUGCAGGUGGAUGUGUUUGGACGCGCCAGUGGACGGCCCCUGUGCGCUCACUGUCUGCUGUCCACUGUGGCCCAGUACCGCUUCUACCUGUCCUUCGAGAAUUCGCAGCAUCGAGACUACAUCACUGAGAAGUUUUGGCGCAAUGCGCUUGCAGCUGGUGCUGUGCCUGUGGUGCUGGGACCUCCUCGGGCCACCUACGAGGCUUUUGUGCCACCAGAUGCCUUUGUGCACGUGGAUGACUUCAGCUCAGCCCGUGAGCUGGCUAUCUUCCUCGUCAGCAUGAACGAGAGUCGCUAUCAGCGCUUCUUUGCUUGGCGAGAGCGGCUCCGCGUGCGGCUCCUGGGUGACUGGAGGGAACGCUUCUGCACCAUCUGCGCCCGCUACCCUCACUUGCCCCGCAGCCAGGUCUAUGACGACCUUGAAAGCUGGUUCAAGGGUUGAACCUCCUGCGGCUGGGAGAGGCUGUGUGCGUGGAAGACUGUUGUAACCAAAGCCCUGGCAUCCAGCCUCUUGGGUCCCUGUGGGACCAGCCUGAGGCUCGAGUUGGUGAACAGGAAGCAGGGAUAUGAGCAGAGCAGAGUGGGCAGGAGAAGCCAUCUGGAUGAGGAAGCUGGUGGACUUUAGGGAUCCCGGGACAGGCACAACAGAGUGGAGGGAAUUAAUGGGCGUAUCCUACAAACUAAUCUAACAGGAAAGGCAUUUGAGGGUCCCCAACUUACCUCGAACGCGCCCAUGCUCAAAGCUCAGAUGAAACGGAGUAUUUCUGGAGCGGGGAACAUCCCAGGCUGUGACUUUUGGGCACAAAACUUUAGGUCCCAGAAACCCCACAGAAAAGAUGCUAUCCUUAGGGGUGCAGGUGCAUAUUGUAGAACUCUGGGUGCAGACCACAUGCUGGGUUCAGGGGUGUGUGGGUGUGGAGGAAGGACAGUGUGGCUGACUCUGGACUUUUUCACUACAGUCCCCUCAGGGAAAGAGGUGACACUAAUAAAACGCUGACACAAA